UUUUAUAUUUCUACAGUCAACUAAAGUUCACUGACUGAAUCUCAUAAGAGAUUAAAUUCCUCUAGGAAAUAUAAUUUCUAAACUACAAGCUGACUACCAAGAAUUUCAAUACUCUUUAUUUAUAUGUGUAUAUACAGUGAUUUCUUACCUAGACUCAAAGCUGUCAAUACUUGUAUAAGUUUACCAAUAUCACAAGUAUAAAAGGCAAAGUUGAUCUUGGUGAGGUUUGAACUUGGAAUGUACAGAAACACCAAACAUUAUAGAUAUUACUCACACACACAAACUCAAUCAUUCUUCAGAACUUACAUUCUCCAUUCAAAAGUAUUUGUUUAAAAAUGAGAAAAUGUCACUGUAAAGAAUACUUAAAUUUGGAUAUUUUAAAAAUUCGAUGCUGGUACCAAAGAAGAGUUUUUAUACGAUAAAGAUAUUUGUUUGUUUGUUUAUUUGUGGACCCCUGAAAAGAGUGUGAAAUUUUAAGAAUAUAAAGUAAAAUUAAAUAAUUUCAUUGAAAUAUUGAGAACAGUUUUUUAUUUUAGAUUGGAAAAAAAAAAGGAUUUAACAAUGUUUCGAAGGCAUUUCUUAAACUUGUACAACCGUCUGUCUGUGAUGACAUCAGCUACAGUGAAAUCUUCCCUUCACAAUGGAUCUUUUAGUUUCCCAGAAGAUAUAGCCUUUCCUAUGUAUUUGUUGAGUAAAACUUCAGAUUUUGAACACCAGACAGCAUUGAUAAAUGGUGAAACUGGCCAGAGAUUCAGUUAUGAAAGCCUUCAAAAAGAUUCCAUUAAAGUUUCCAAUUCCUUUUUCCGUCUUGGUUUGCGAAAAGGAGAUGUUGUUUGUUUGUAUGGCUCGAACACACCUGAAAUGCUUCAUAUUCUUUGUGGAGUCACAGCCAUUGGUGGCAUUAUCAGUCCAGCGAUGGCACAGAUGUCUGUUGGAGAACUCGUGUCCCAGUUAAGAGAUUCCCAGUCUAAAUUUAUUGUAACCACCCCAGAAUGUGUUAUUCGGGCUAAAGAAGCAGCCAAAAGAGCCAAUGGUAUUCAGGAAACCAUAGUAUUAGGACAGGCUGAAGGUUGCCGACCAUUUUCUGAUCUACUCAGAUCAGCAAGUUUUACUUAUCCGGAUGUACACAUUAAUCCUCGGAAAGACACAGCUCUUUUGCCAUACUCAGCAGGAUUAUCAGGAAAACCUAAAGGUGUAAUGCUGACACAUCAAAAUUUAAUUUCUGCCAUUGAGGCACUGAGACAACCUGACUACAUUACAUUUGAGGCAGGAAAGGACCAUAAUGUAAUGGUGUUUCCUUUGACCCACGCAUCUGGACUAGUUAUGGGUUUUGGUAUCUCGUUGGUACAAGGGGCCACCAUUGUGACUCUCAACAGAUUUGAAGCUCGGUCGUAUUUGGAAUCUUUUCAGAAAUACAAGGGAACAUUUACCAUGGCAACACCAUCAAUGAUAUCAUCUUUCAACUCCCAUCCUCUUGUGCAAGAAACUGAUCUUUCCAGUCUAAAGACGAUCGUAAGUCAAUCGGGAUAUCUGAACCCUAAUCUCAUUCAACAACUUUCUGAAAAACUGAAGGGAGUAAAUAUAAGACAAGGUUAUGGACUGACAGAAACAUGCGGUGUUGGCAUGGCAACUCCUGCAAGCAACAUAAAGAAUGGUUCUGUUGGGGUUCCAGUUCCUGGAAUGGAAGUCAAAUUAAUUGAUUCAAAGACCAAGACAGACACAACCAACGAACGAAAAGGUGAAAUUUGCUUCCGUGGGCCAAGUGUUACUUCUAAGUUCUGGAAACACAGAGACAAUAAUGAAGAAAUGCUCUUGGAGGACAACUGGCUCAGAACAGGUGACGUUGGAACUUGUGACAGUGAAGGACACUAUAAGAUUGUUAACACAAUCAAAACGUUAAUUAAAUAUAAGGGGUGCCAGGUUUCUCCUGAGGAAAUUGAAGAUCUUCUUCUACAACACCCAGCUGUGUUAGAUGUUGCUGUGUUUGGCUUGCCUGAUAAAGAAGCUGGUGAAGUACCAACGGCUCUGGUUGUCCAGCAAAGGAAAGUCGACCAGAAAGAACUACAAAAUUUUGUCCAAGACAAUGCAGCAUCAUACAAGCAGCUGAGAGGUGGCAUUAAGUUUCACACAGAAAUCCCUCGUCUUCCAGACGGAACUAUAUCACGACAAAAGAUUCGUGAUUGGUUUUUGGAAUUUCAUAAAAGAGGUUAAAUAUAUUCACUAUAAUAUCAAGUCUAUUUCUGAGAAACAUUCCAUGUAAAAUACAGAAAGAAAAAAAGAUAUAUUUUUUGUAAUUAAAAAAAAAAUGAUUCAAAUGUAAUUAAUUACCUACAGACAGCAGUGUACAUCAACCUGCCUUUACUCAAAAGAGAAUUUUGUGCAGUAUUCGUUUUAAAAUAUUUUAGAUAUUAAAUAACCUGUUACAACAA